AUGGGAGAUGGGAGAUGGGAGAUGGGAGAUGGGAGAUGGGAGAUGGGAGAUGGGAGAUGGGAGAUGGGAGAUGGGAGAUGGGAGAUGGAAGAUGGGGGAUGGGAGAUGGGAGAUGGGAGAUGGGAGAUGGGAGAUGGGAGAUGGGAGAUGGGAGAUGGGAGAUGGGAGAUGGGAGAUGGGAGAUGGGAGAUGGGAGAUGGGAGAUGGGAGAUGGGAGAUGGGAGAUGGGAGAUGGGAGAUGGGAGAUGGGAGAUGGGAGAUGGGAGAUGGGAGAUGGGAGAUGGGAGAUGGGAGAUGGGAGAUGGGAGAUGGGAGAUGGGAGAUGGGAGAUGGGAGAUGGGAGAUGGGAGAUGGGAGAUGGGAGAUGGGAGAUGGGAGAUGGGAGAUGGGAGAUGGGAGAUGGGAGAUGGGAGAUGGGAGAUGGGAGAUGGAAGAUGGGAGAUGGGAGAUGGGAGAUGGGAGAUGGGAGAUGGGAGAUGGGAGAUGGGAGAUGGGAGAUGGGAGAUGGGAGAUGGGAGAUGGGAGAUGGGAGAUGGGAGAUGGGAGAUGGGAGAUGGGAGAUUGGAGAUGGGAGAUGGGAGAUGGGAGAUGGGAGAUGGGGGAUGGGAGAUGAAAGAUGGGAGAUGGAAGAUGGGAGAUGGGAGAUGGAAGAUGGAAGAUGGAGACAAAUUUGAAGAUAGCGAUUGCGAAAACGACUAUUAUAACUAUAGCAAACAAUCAAGAUAA